GGCCACUUUUUUUGGGGUUACAAGUGACAGAAGUCAGUUUUUAUCCGGAAAUCGUUGGCGACGAACACGCGAGCGCAUCUGUUCUAGCCAAAGUCUUUAAAUGAACAUUUAAAAAAAAUAAAUCAUUAAAAACAGGAUCUUGUUAUCACCUUACACCCCCUCCUUACAACCCCGCUCAUAAGCCAUUACUUUUAUGGCAGAUAUUUCAGCCUUAACGGCGUUAGCAGCUGCCUCAUCAUCCGUGUAUCCAUCUGGUGCCGUAGCCGCCAAUAAUCUGCAUAAUUUACAUCAUCGCCGACCCACCAUCGAUCAAUUACGUUCAAUGAAUGAUCGCAGCGUCUUAUCGUCGCUGAGUCAUUUGACUACGGCAGAUUUGCGUACAGCGCAAUUAGUGCAUGAAUACAAUAAGCCAUUCAACAUCAAUGAGUUUCGACAAAAUGUUGAACGUUUGGACUAUUCGUUGAAAAAUGGUUUGGUCGGUGUGAAUCUGCAACAACAACAACAGCAGCAACAGCAACAAUUGGUGGCCGAACAUCAACAGCAGCAACAACAACAGCAGCAGCAGCAACAACAGCAGGCGCACGAACAACAACAGCAACAACAUCUGCAGCAGCAACAACAACAGAUGAAACAAUCCUACAGUCCGCCAAAUUCACCGCCCACACCGAAUAUGACGGAGCAGCCGGAACAAAAGUACGAUCCCAAUGCCGCUGUCGUGGAACACCAUCAUCAACAGCAGCAACAGCAUCAGCCGAAAUCACAUCGUUCACAUCAUCAUACCUCACCGGAUGGUCGCGAGACCAAACCCUACAAAUGUACCCAAUGCACCAAAUCAUUUGCCAAUUCAUCGUACCUCUCCCAGCAUACACGCAUCCAUUUGGGCAUUAAGCCCUAUCGCUGCGAAAUCUGUCAGCGCAAGUUCACCCAGCUCUCACAUCUGCAACAGCACAUACGCACCCAUACGGGUGACAAGCCCUACAAGUGUCGUCAUGCCGGCUGUCCGAAGGCCUUCUCACAACUCUCCAAUCUCCAGUCACAUUCGAGGUGCCAUCAAACCGAUAAACCCUACAAAUGUAACUCAUGCUACAAGUGCUUCACCGACGAGAUGACCCUGCUGGAGCACAUACCCAAGCACAAGGAUUCCAAACACCUGAAGACGCACAUAUGCAACUUGUGUGGCAAAUCCUAUACCCAAGAGACAUAUCUGGAGAAACACUUGCAGAAGCAUGCCGAGAAGGCGGAGAAACAGCAGCAAAAACAUGCCAAUCUCAGUAUGCAACAUCAUGUGCCAGCCGGCGGCAUUGGCUUGAGUCUGCAGCGGCAGGUGGUCAUGAAUGCGGCGGUGGCGGGUGAUGCCAAUGCGGCCUACUGGGCCAAGAUGAGUGCUGAUGGUGCGGUAAAUGCUGCCACCCUGGCAGAGGCCAUACAACAACAGCAACAGGCCCAGGCUCAACAGCAACAGGCUCAGAAUGGUUACAAUUUCUCAACGCUGCAACAUCAACAGCAGCAACAACAACAGGAGCUGCUGCAACAUCAUCAGCGUUUGGUCAAUGGCACGGCCAAUGGCAGCGGGGGUGGCGGUGGAGGCGACAGUGCCAACAGCGGCAAUACUCCCAACCACUCACAAAGUCCCAUUGAGCAGGGUGAGGAUCUGGUGAUACGUCAGACCUCACAGGCGCAGCAACAACACCAGCAACAGCAGCAUCAACAACAACAGCAGCAACAACAACAGCAACAAUCCCACUCGCCCAACAAUAUGGUGGUGGUCAACUCUUCGCCCUAUGAUGUUAAGACCACAUCGGCGUUCACACCCAUUCCCACAGCACCACCCCAUUUGCAAGCGGCCGCCUUAGCCCAACAAAGACCGCCCCCAGCGGCCGCCUAUAUAUAUCAACAAAAUGCUGCCGCAGCAGCAGGAUUUCCCACGCAGCUGAUAUCACUGCAUCAGAUACGCAAUUAUGCCCAUCAACCGGGAGCAGCAGCCGGACUGCUGGCCGGAGAUCACCUUUUGGGCCUCAGCGUUACAGCCGGUGGAGCGGGGGGCAAAGACAAGAGCCAAUAGUAUAACUCUCCCCUGUCGUCGCCAUCAGCAUCGAGUACGAGUUCAUCGACAGCCUCAUCGGCUAAAAGGCAAAAAUUUUUCCAAAACUCCUCGUCAACGCAACACCACCGACCGCGACAGUCGCAGGCACAGCCACCACCUGAAGAUUCAAUGGAAGCCUCUCCUGAGGAGAGCUGAACAAGGUUAAGUGGCUAGGCAUGUAGAUUGAAUGAUGACGCAUGAGAAAUCAUAGAAAGGUGAUGGUGCUAAGUAAGACAAACACACACACACAUAUACAAAAAAAAGAAAACAAAUAUGGCGAGAAUCUUUUAAGAGACAAACUUAUCAUUUCACCCCGUAGUUUAAGAGCAAGACGUUAUGUGAGAAGCGAUAUUUUGAAAAUAUGAAAACGUUACAAACAAAAAUCUUAACGCAAAUGUAGAGUAACUAUCAAACCGAAACUAAGAUAAGUCGAUUAGUCGAGAGUAGAAACAAAAACAAAAAGAAAAAAACAAUUUGAAAUUGUUUAGAGUUUUUAGUUUAUUUUUCUGCAUUGAUACUACAAAACGUAUCAAAGACCUCUUUAAAUUUUCUAAAAUGGACACAAAGAAAGGCUUUCAGUUAAGACCUCAGUGGGUUAUUGUGUGAAGGGAUAAAACCAAGAUAAAUUCAUUUACAGGUAAAGUACCGCAAACAGCCAAGUCAAAUUUUUCUAGCGGUGUACGCCAUCUGUCAACGCAUUUUCAUAACGUUCGGUUGUGUGUGUGUGCAUUAUAGUUAAGAACUAUAACACACACAUACACAACAAAAAAUGACGCCAAGCAGCAACAUACUCAAAAUCAGAAUUGUUGUUGUAGCAGUGUGUUGUACACAGAGGCGGCAGCCCUUGUCGAUUAAGCUGCCAAUAGACGAUAAGACUUGCCAUAUGAGCUGAGACUUUCUGUAUUAAUAAAGGUGCCAUCACACUACAUGUUCUUGUCUUAUGACAUGACAAAUUUUGCUAUUGUUAAAGUUGCACACAUAAUGCAAUACAAAUGAAAUUAACACAUGAAAAUAACUUUUCAAAAUAGCACAGUUAUUUUUUCGAUUCAGCUGUUUUUGUUGUGAGUUGAAUGAAAGCAACCCCAAAUUGUUAUCAUAACUUUAUGAUUUGAACAGCUUACUCACAAUUUUAACAAUUUGUAGCCAUAAAAAAACUACUUUUUCUCACAUUUUUAGGUCAUGUCAUAUAAAAAUAACAUACUAGUGUGACAAGGCGGAUUUAAUAAGGUGGUCUCACGCGAACAGCUGUUAACAGUCGGCCAGGUUUGACGGUAUUAAGAUGUCAGAUUUUUGUUUGCAUUCUCUUUAUUGUCAUCUUAUUUCUCGCAUAUUCAUACACGCACACAAAUUUCAUUGUUUGUGUUGGCAAAACGUCGAUCAGCUUGUUGACAAGUUGGCGGAUUGCACCAUAUGAUUUGUGGUUGUUGUACAAAUGAGAUCACCUUUAAUUGUUUCGCCAUGCUAAUAGCAAAAAUGAUAAAUCGAUGUGUACAAAUUUCAGAGUAGCUGUUUUUGAAAUUACGUAUGACAUGUCUUAUCGUCUAAUGGCAGUUUAAGGACUCCAUCGGGUCAAUACGCUGUGUACAACCAGCUACCAAGGGAUUGUGAAAAUCAGAGUUGCACAAUACACCGAUUUUGACAGAUAGUGUGCUCGUUUUUUUUUGUUGUUCGCCAACUGCUCCUACCUAUAAAUCAUUUUAUCUUGGAUAAAACUAUUCAAUAGUAAUAAUAUUCUAUAAUAGCCUUAUGGGUCCCUUACACUUGGGGAUUUAUUCUAAACAUUUUUCUUUUCCUCUACAAAUAUUAAAAUUUAUUUUCAUAAAAAAAUCUUUGAGUAUUGACGACCCAUAGUCCUUCAAAUCCGAAUUUGCACCCUAUAAACAUUUUAAAACUACAUGACAUCUUUUUAUUUAAGUUCCAUAACCUCUAAA